AUUGCUUGACAGCGGCAACGUAAACAUUGGUUUUGCCGCUGUUGCGUAAAAUUAAAACAUAUCUGGCCCAUACUCUGCACACGAUCGGUUUUCCCGCUGCCGGCAACACAAAUUAUGAGCUCUCUCAGGCGUGAGGCCCUUCGUUGGUACAAAAUAUUGCAGCGUACCAAGAAUGAGGUGUUCUCCGGAGACUUUCGUACCAUUUCCGCCGCACGGCAACGCAUCCGGGAAGAGUUCGUCAAGAACAAAGAUAUUAAAGAUGAGAAGCAAAUUAAGGAGAAGAUUCAAAUCGCCAAGGAUGUCGAUGUCGAACUGCGCCGAUCGGUAGUGCAGGCGGUGAGGAAGCAGCCGACCCUGUUCGAGGCUCGCAUCACGCCCGACACGAGAAAGAUGGACAAUGUAAUGUUCGACCCGGACGCAGAGCUACCUCCCCCUCGGAGCAAAAAGUGUAGUGAUAAAAAAUCGUAAAAUGCAUGUCUUCCAUGACCGACACGGGGCAGCGGGCAAUCGGUCGGCGCACCAUUUUUCGGUGUAAGCGACGGUGCCCCUUGUUUGUGUGUGUGUGUUAGCGAAAUUGUUACCUGGCAUCAAGAGGCUCUUAGCUCAUGGCAUUUCCCAGUAGACAGCAAUUCUUAAUCCCAACGAUGAUUACUUACCUAAAUUCGAGCCUGAUACGGUUAAGUGGUUGUUUCUAAAUUGCUCUCCCUCUUUGUUGUCCCCUCAAUUUAGCGUUAACACCCUUCCACACGGGAGAAUAUGGUAGAUGCAAUUAUGGUUCCAUAUCUAAAGAUUAUCUUAACCGAGUGUUGGUAGAAAUUUGAAGCUAAUUUGAGUUUAUUGAAAGUGGCAGCAGGACCGACAAAAGUGCGCGACGCUUAAACGGAAAGGUAUUAGUGAUUUACAUUGUUAAAAGACCCGGUUUUGUUUGCUUGUUAGGCACCUCAUCACCUCAUCCCGUAAAUUUUAAGCAAUAGACAUAUUCAAAAUAAAAUUUUGAUGUUAAUGUUUAGAUUGCCCUUGCAAGCAACAAACUGCUGAUAA